CGGAGAAACGGCCUAAUUAAACACUGCUGUGCCGCUCUGCUGCGUUUUGGACGCCCUGCUCUGUCUGGUAGGGACUUCGUGCUUUUUGUCACAGGCAGCAGCUUGAUGCUGUCUACUGGAACCUGCAACAAUCCGGGACCUUUCAGGCCCGGAGCACAGAGGCCCGGAGCAGUCCCGGUGUGUCCCUUCCAGCCAAGAGACACUCUGCAGGGCUGUCGCGGGCGAGGCACAGACCAACGCGACCAGAAAUCAGGCUGACUGGCUUCUCCCGGCCAGCCCCACGGCACGGCAUGAUGUCAUGGGAGCUGCCACUCAGGGAGAUGAAAGGGAUGCGGCGCAGCAGCGCUGGCACUAGGCAGCUCAGCUGGGGCACCGCGCGAGAGAGCUGCAGAUCCAGCCGCUCAGCCCAGGCCGGGGAAGCCUGCUCUCCAGAGCUGGGGCAGAACAACGUGGCCCACGUUUAACAAAAGAACCAGACGGUAGCGAACUUUCUAGAUCUGCGCGCGUAGCAAGUAAACUCAGCUUUGCCUUUGAUGCGCAGCAACUGAUCGGCGAUCAGAUUACAGGCACUCCAUCUCCUAGUUCGCCUGCCUUUGAUCUGCGCGGGUAAUCCAUUUUCCUGGAUUUGAAGUUUGUCUGGGCUUGCGCCCACACACAUUUUUGGGAAGGUAAAAACGUUUGGCGCGGAAGUGCUACCAAGCUGAGGAAAGCGUGAGUCUGGAGCACAGCACUGGCGAGUAGCAGGAAUAAACGAGUUUGGUGAGAGCCAUGGCACUCAAGGUCCUACCUGUACACAGGACGGUGCUCUUCGCUGCCAUUCUCCUCCUACUCCACUUGGCAUGUAAAGUGAGUUGCGAAACUGGAGAUUGCAGGCAGCAAGAAUUCAAAGAUCGAUCUGGAAACUGUGUCCUCUGCAAACAGUGCGGACCUGGCAUGGAGUUGUCCAAGGAAUGUGGCUUCGGCUAUGGGGAGGAUGCACAGUGUGUGCCCUGCAGACCGCACCGGUUCAAGGAAGACUGGGGUUUCCAGAAGUGUAAGCCGUGUGCGGACUGUGCGCUGGUGAACCGCUUUCAGAGGGCCAACUGCUCACACACCAGUGAUGCUGUCUGCGGGGACUGCCUGCCAGGAUUUUACCGGAAGACCAAACUGGUUGGUUUUCAAGACAUGGAGUGUGUACCCUGUGGAGACCCACCUCCUCCCUACGAACCACACUGUACCAGCAAGGUGAACCUUGUGAAGAUCUCCUCCACCGUCUCCAGUCCUCGGGACACGGCGCUGGCUGCUGUCAUCUGCAGUGCUCUGGCCACGGUGCUGCUCGCCCUGCUCAUCCUGUGUGUCAUCUACUGCAAGAGGCAGUUCAUGGAGAAGAAACCCAGCUGGUCUCUGCGGUCACAGGACAUUCAGUACAAUGGCUCUGAGCUAUCAUGCUUUGACCAGCCUCGGCUCCGCCACUGUGCCCAUAGAGCAUGCUGUCAGUAUCACCGGGACUCAGCCCCAAUAUAUGGGCCUGUUCACCUGAUUCCGUCCUUGUGCUGUGAAGAGGCCCGCAGCUCUGCCCGAGCUGUGCUUGGCUGUGGGCUGCGUUCUCCCACUACCCUCCAGGAGAGAAACCCGGCUUCUGUGGGGGACACGAUGCCAGCCUUCUUCGGGUCUGUUUCCCGUUCCAUCUGCGCGGAGUUUUCUGAUGCCUGGCCUCUGAUGCAGAAUCCUCUGGGUGGUGACAGCUCUCUCUGUGACUCUUAUCCUGAACUCACUGGAGAAGAUAUCAAUUCCCUCAAUCCCGAAAACGAAAGCGCAGCAUCUCUGGAUUCCAGUGGUGGCCAGGAUCUGGCUGCUCUAGAAUCUUCUGGGAAUGUUUCAGAAUCUACUGACUCACCUAGACAUGGUGAUACUGGUACAGUCUGGGAGCAGACGCUAGCUCAGGAUGCUCAAAGGACUCCAAGCCAAGGAGGCUGGGAAGGCAGGGAAAACCUGAAUCUAGCCAUGCCCACAGCCUUCCAGGAUGCCUGAAGGCCAUCUUCCUGACGUGGAGGUGUGGGUCUGGACACGCCUUUGGUGAGGCCUACAGACUGAGCAGUCUUGACCUUCUAUGGUGUCUGGAGGCAAAAAUAAAUCUGAACCAAACUGGCAACAUUUCCAUCCUUUCAGCCACUAGCUUCUGAGCCAGACCAGCUGUAAGCUGAAACCCCAGCAAGAAGCAAGGAGAGACUGUAGGCGGCCUUGGGACCUGUGCUUCUUCCCUAAACGAGAACCUUAGCUGGGGCCAAUUUGAAGGACCCAUGGGUGGAAUGUGCUGCCUGUGAGCUUGUGGGCACGGCAGGACCCAGCCUGGCUCCUUCUUACGUCCACGGUGAAUGUGGUUUCACAAGAUCCAGAGUAUAAACUUUCAUAGACAUUCUCAUUUAGAAAUAAUCCAUUACCCUGUGAAAAAGCCUUAGCAGAUUCCUUUCUUAGAUUUUAGGCAGAGCUCUGGCGGUUUCUGUUGAAGAAAGGCACUUUCUAAUCAGCAGAAUGCUAUACUUCAGUGGUUUGAAGGGGCUUCGUAGCCCUGCCUGAGUUGUACUUUGAUGAAGUCGACUGGCCUAUCUGUUAUGAACAGUUCUUCUGGCCUCUUCCCCACAAAUGUACAACAGCACUGACUGGAGAGGAGGCCUAAGUUAUUGAAAGUGGCUGUGAAUGUGGUUAGGAAUGUAGCAGGUUGGGGGGAGGGGAGAGAGAAAAGGAGAGGGCAAUGCUUUCAAGUUAAGACCACCUACUAUGCAUAUCCUGAAGCCUGGCUGUGAAUGGUAGGACUGGUGACUGUGGAUGCGUGUGUUGGUGUUGCCCUGUGCUGAACUUCCAAGGCCCAGAUUUCUUAUAUAGAAAGGAGAUAUUUGAGUCUAGUAAUCUGUGGUCGACACCCGAGCUUGUACAAAAGGCUUCAGCACGCCAAGGUCACUUCUGAAGAGUCCUUCAGUGAGAACACAAUGCUCAUUAGACCCAGACAUGGAAGAGCAUGGUUGGCCCAGUUUGGGAGAAUAGAAUGCCUGUGCCAUCUAGUCUAACCAAGGCUUUGUAAUACGGCAUUCUGAUGUAGGGGUGCUGUGUAAGGUAUCCCCUCUUCUUCCGUGACAGCAUUUACCUUCCAGAACAAUCUCUAAAGCUAAAGAAAACCUGGGGCUCAUUUUCUCUUCAUCCUUCGCCCUAUGGCUUCACUGAGCAGAAUAUCCUUGGUUUCCAGUUUGAAGUUACUUGAGCAGAUCCGACCUCAGCCUUUCAACCCUCUGCUAGUGCUCUGUUCCAUGCGCACUUUAAAAGGAGCCCAAUCUGUGAGCAUCAGUGUGAGAGGAUUCACCAGCAUAUUUGUUCUGAGGCUGCCCUGGUUAAAUCGGGCUCUUAACGCACACUGAAACCAAACAUCAAGAUGCUACCUUCCUAGACUUGUUUUAAUCUUCUGCUUACCCACAGUGUUUUCUCAUUAUAAGACAUGAGUAGAUUUAAUGAGCCCUCUUCCUGCAGCUUCUCUCUAUUCCUAAUUAUAGCUUUUUGAUGUGUGUCUUCUGGCUUGUCCAUAUCUAUUGCUUCUCAUGCCGUCUGUUCCUUUACCAGAUGUAGGAAGAACACUGCCAUACAGCAUCCCGUAGUAGCCCACAUCUGCUUUUAUGUUCCCAUGGUGCCCAGUCAUAACCUAUUGGCAUUUUGUUUGUAUGUCCCCAACCACUAUUAUGAGAACUGACUUUAGGGAAGUCGUAAAGUAUUUAGGAUGUAAGCAACAGACAUCCAUGAGGAUGCAAGCUGAGCUCCCCUGAGUGGCCUCCUCCUCGUGCACAUGUGUGUGUCAUUGCUUGCAACCCAAUCAUCUCUGUUAUGACAGGGAUGAUCAAAGCCAGCGGGGUUGUGUUCCUUUGUGUAACCUGAAGAUAUUUUCCACAUGCCGAGCCCUGAUGGACUUCAAAGACAGACACAGCUGGGGAAAGCCAGUCUGAUGGAAGGAGACUCUAGCCCCCAAAUCCUGAAACAUCACUUUUAAUCAGAAGAGAAAUCCUGGGGGUUAAAAAUUGAUUUCAUUUGAUACUGCAUUUGGAAGAUCCUGGAUUAUCAUCAAAAAGGAGACAUCCUCCCACCAGACACUCUAGAAACAUGUAAUGGUGUUUUACAGUUCACAUUCUUUGGAAACAAGAGGGAAAAUCUACAACCUGCACGUCACAUUAUUGGAACAUCUUACAAGGUUGUUUACAUAGGAGCUGGCAUUCUGAUAUCAGACACUGGUAUAGAGAGGCAUCUAGGCAUAGGGGGCACCAGUGCCACCUUUCCUGUGGCAGAAGCCAGGGCAAGAUGGAGGAAACAAGGACUUUUGAAUCAGUCAGGCCAAGUCAUGUGUUUUCUAUUUUGAAUAUAUGGAAUAUAUUUUGAAUCGCAGGAUUUUCGACUCUAAAGAGUACUGCUGUCUGUGUUAGAAGAAAAAGAACAGAAAAGUAAAGAGACACAAUCAUGGCUCUUAAGAUAGUUUGUUUCAGCUUAGAUUCUAUCACAACUGUUUUACAUACUGAAUUUAUUAUCAAUUGUAAGUUAUCGCUUUCCAAUACAAACCUUUUUUUAGUGCUUUUUAAAAAUUGUGAAUAAAAUUGAUACUUGUUAUUCUUAGUUACGUGUCAGGUC